AUGACAAAGGUUGACGGGCAGAAACUGUACCUUGAUGUUACGAGCGAUGGCAAUUGCUUCUAUGCCUUAAACGUAGAUUACAGCGUUGAGAGGGUCAAUUCUUUGAACCCCCAAGUGGUUCGACUCGAUGUUUAUAAGCUCGAAUAUAAUAAUUGGGAUGGUACAUGUGCAUAUGGAUGGACAAAGGUAGAAUCCAUUGGCAACCAUGCAUUGGUUUUGGGAUUGAAUCAGUCCAUAUUAAUCUCACCGCAGGAAUUUGAUCACGAGAACUCAAUUUACUUCACCUAUGCACCAUCUUCUGACAGCUGUUUUUUAAGUGUGUAUAAUUUGAGAGGGAAAGAAAUUGAAAAAGCCUGUGAUCUUGGAUUAACAGGGCUUGAACAGCCAGUUUACUGGUUUGAACCUAGUCCCUUAGCACUGUAG